AUGGAAAUAAUAGUUGGAGAAAUACCGAAAAAAAUUAAUAUUUUAGAUAUUAUAGCAAUAAAAGAGAGCGAAGUUGAAGAGGAGUUGGUGUGUAGUAUAUGUGCCAAUAUUAUGAUUGAUCCAACCUCAUCUCUUUUAUGUAGCAGCCAUGUAUUUUGUAAAGCAUGUUUAGUUAAAUGGUUGGAAAAAAGUCAAUCGUGCCCAACUUGUAGGUGUGAAGUCCCAAAGGAUACAGAGUAUGCUCUUGUUUUAAAGGUGGAAUUUGAAGAUAAAAUAAAUAAUAUCAAGGUACAUUGUCCAUAUGCAUUUAAGGAUGAUAGUUUUGAAGAAAUUGAUCAUGAUCAUGGUUGUAAAGAGAUUAUAACAGUUUCAAAGUUUAGACAGCACAUCAAUCAAUGCAUAUAUCAAUUUAAAAAAAUAUGUGGAAUGAUGAGAUUGUAUGAAAUGCACAAUCACUAUGAAAAAGAAUGCCCCUACGUAAUAUUGGAGUGCAUUUAUUGCAGUAAACAAUAUAGAAGAGGUAAUACCGAGUCACAUCUUAAAAAAUGCCAAAAAGUAUUGGUCGAGUGUGGUAACGGCUGUAUAGAGAAAUUCGCAAGGUCGGAAAUAGAACAACACAGCAAAGACUGUCCAAAUAGAAUCGUAGAGUGCCAAUUCAAGGAUUUUGGGUGUACCGAUACAUUUAAGUUCGGUCAAUACAAAGAACACUCGUCCUUAUAUGACAAUCAUCGGGAUUUCUUAUUUAAAAAAGUCGAAGUUUUGUCGUUGCAAGUUUGUUCAUUAAAUAAUCAAAUAAUGACAUUCAAAGAGACUAUAGAUGAACAAAACUCACAAAUUUCUCAAUUAAGAAAUUUAGUUCUUAAAAGGAAGGUUUUGUUUUUCCACCAAUCUCUUUUGGAAAAGGUAAUUAAAAGGAAAUCAAUUUCUGUUUCCUAUAGCUCUAAAGAUCAUGCAUUUGAUAAAAAUAAAAGAUAUUAUUAUAUGCAUCUAAAUAAGGAAAGUCUCGACGAAUAUUCAAAUUUUGAUAUGGUUAUAACCAUUGGUGAUAAAAUAAUUUUAGAUGUAAAAGAUCAAUGUUUUUCAAUUCGUAAAGAAAUAUCAUAUGAAUUUGAAUUUAAUAGUGUUGAUAAUUCUUUUUUACAAGGAAAUAAUGUAAUAAAAACAUUCUAUUUACACCUAACAGCAUAA